AACAGUUAAACGCCCAACGCUUAAACAAUACUCCCAAAGCCGAUAUAGAGGUGCUAUUCUUUAAUCGUUGUACAAAAGUCGGUAGUGAGGCGCUCUACGAAUUGCUUAUGAUUUUGGAAAAAUUCAAUGAUAAUAUUAGUGUUGAACAUGAGGGUCUUCAACAAAUGACCUUAAGAGAACACAAACGACCAGAGCAACGUAAAUAUGCCGAAACUAUUUCGGAAUCUAUAGAUGGUACGAUUUAUAUACAACACAUAAAUUGGUUAGAUUUCGAGGCGUUUAAUUUACCCAAACCGAUUUAUAUAAAUAUGGUAAGAGAUCCGGUGGAAAGAGUUAUAUCAUGGUAUUAUUAUGCCCGCAGUGCUUAUCGCAAUGCUAUACAGUUUCAAAAACAACCCAAACGGCCGAUGAGACCACGUGAGUGGUAUGUUAAAGAUUUCAAUAAGUGUGUUCGCAGCGGUGAUCCAGAGUGUCAGUAUAUACCAUAUAGUACGGUAGAUGGUGCCUAUGAUUUUCGUCGUCAGUCGUUAUUCUUUUGUGGUCAUCAUGUGGAUUGUAUGUAA